CGUGCCGCCGCCGCUAUGGCCCAGCCGCUGUGUGAGUCCUGGAUGUUCUCCGCGGCCUGGGGCCCGGCUCGGCCGCCGCCGUCCUCCGAAAGGGACUGCUCCGCUCCGUCGUCCCCAGACUCGUGGGGCAGCCCCGUGCCGAGCCUCGCGCGGCCCGGCGCCCGCCCAGACCCCGGCGCCGGGACAGUGGGGAAACGCAGAGCGCGCAGCAGCCGCCAGGGUAGCGGCCAGCGGCAGAGCGCCAGCGAGCGGGAGAAACUGCGCAUGCGCACGCUGGCCCGCGCCCUGCACGAGCUGCGCCGCUUCCUGCCGCGGUCCUUGGCGCCCGCUGGCCAGAGCCUGACGAAGAUCGAGACGCUGCGCUUGGCUAUCCGCUACAUCGGCCACCUGUCGGCCGUGCUGGGCCUCAGCGAGGAGAGUCUGCAGCGCCGACGCCGGCAGCACGGAGACGCGGGGUCCCCUCGGGGUUGCCCGCUGUGCCUGGACGGCGGCCCCGCGCAGAGUCAGACGGAAAAGGAGGGGUGGGAGCCCGGGCCGCGGCCGGGGCCGGGGCCGGGGCCGGGACAGGGGCGCGGGCUGGGCCUGGGCUUCGCUGUCUGCGCCGGGGCGUCCUGGGGGUCCCCGCCCGCCUGCCCCGGAGCCCGACACGCGCCCGAGCUGCGCGACCCGCCUGCGCUCUUCGCCGAUGCGACGUGCCUGGAAGGGCAGGCGAUGGAGCCGAGCCCGCCGUCCGCGCUCCUUCCCGCCGACGUGCUGGCCCUGCUGGAGACCUGGAUGCCCCUCUCGCCUUGGAGUGGCUGCCGGCCAGAGGAGCCCAAUGAUAGCGGACAACUGACGCCCUCUCUGUGAGCAGUGAGGCUGUUGUGGCCUCAGCACCUUCGAGGUGGUUCCUCUGCCAACUGCCUUUUCUGGAAGAGGGCACCGCGAUCCCAGCAGGGACAUUGCUGCGGGUGAGAGCCGUCCCCACCGCGCCGGUUCUUCCCAGCGCCCCCCCUCCAUGGAGGGACCCAUAGGGUUAGACGCUUUGAGGCAAGCAGGAAGCUCUGCCUGAUGUGAAUUUAUUUAUUUGUGAAUAAACUGUGCUGGUGUCA